GUCUCGAUCCAAAAGUUUCACCACUCUCUCUCAUUCCUCCACAAUCGUUUGCACCACCCCUUGCCCCUCUCUCUCUCUCAAAUGACUAUUUAACAUGCACCCUUUUGUUUUGCAGCUGCCUGCCUGCAUAUAAUUCUGUUGCUCUCUCUCUCUCUCCACCUCUCUCCUUUAGUUUGGCUCCUCUUUGUCAUCAUCAUCACCUCCAUCGCCUCACCUUCACGCCUGCCUCCUCCUCUUCCGCCUCCUUUACACCACUACAAAAGAGCACAAACACAUUGCUUGCCAGCUAGCUGUUUUUCAUCGCAAUUCACACACAACCCUGAUUUUGACCUAGCUAGUUCUUGGCAGCUAGCUCCGUGGUCUCUCAGUGCUAGAUUCGAUGGGCCUCGAGCCCGAGCUCGAGCUCUCUGAAUUGGCCGUGCUCCGGACGAUCCGGACGACCGCGGUGAGCAGCGCGGGCGCCGCGACGACACGGCCGAGCAACGACGGCCAAGACGCUGCCAACACCGGCGGCUGUGUCACGCCGACGGCAAUUAGUCCCAUGCCACGGCGAGGUGGCGUCGAAGACGACACCGGCUGCGUCACGCCGACGCCAAUAAGCUCCAUGCCGCGGCAAGGUGGCGUCGACGUCGACACCGGCUGCGUCACGCCGACGUCGGCCGCGAGCAUCCUGCGGCCGGCCACGGUGUGCCCUCCGGCGCCACGGAAGCCGGCGAGGGCGCCCGCCAAGAGGAAGCGCUGCGGCCGCCCGGCGCCGCGGCGGUGCUUCUUCCCCGUGCCACACGACCUCGGCACUGUGUUCGUGCCGCGCGGCGCCGCGGCCAGCUCGCCUUCGUCCCCGGCAGCCAAGAAGAUCCGCAUGCACGCCGUGGGGUGAUGCUGGUCAUACGGAACAGCAUGCCAUGCUUUCUUCAUCCAUAUGCCUCGCGGCUCGCUUCACCUCACCGGCGGCGCGCCAUUGACCAUCGCUGCGAAUGGGGGGACAAAUUAUUGGCUUGGCCAAAGUAAGGAAGACACAAAGGCCAGUGCGCCACGCCGUCGCCAUGACGCCAUGACGCCAUGCGCCUAUGUUUCAUCAGAGCUACUGAGUGUGGACAGUGCGUUUGUCAAGUCGACCAAGUUUGAAUAAUCGAAUUGUACAUACUAUAUUGUUGGCCGCGCAAAAAUUGUCUUCGCGCAAAAUGGGUGCGCGGUGGAGUUAUAUAAAGAUCAUAAUUUCUGGAAAUUCACCGCAAAAUCCGCUAUUGGCAAAUG